CCGCCCUCAACCCCAAACGCCAUAUCCCGCCGCCGCUGAGCACCGCAGCCGACACCAGUAGCGCUCACAAUCCGCGCACACCGCUCUCCAGCAUGGCCACGACGCAGUCGCUGCCGUACGCCGAGCCGGCGUGGACGGCGGUGCUGCUGCUGCUGCUCUUCGUCGUGCUGCUCAACGUGCUGCAGGCGCUCCUCGACGCCGCGCUGCACUGCGGCCUGCUGGCGCAGAUUGCCCUCGGCGCCCUGCUCGGCACGCCGCUCGCCGGCCUGCUCUCCGCCGAGCUGGAGCAGGCGGCGCAGCUGCUCGGCUUCGCCGGCCUGCUGCUGCUGCUCGCGCAGGGUGGCCUCGAGACGCGCCUCGGCCUCCUCGCCGCGCCGCGCACGCUGGCGCUGGCGCUGCUCGUCGGCCUGCUGGGCGUCGCGCUGCCCAUUGCGCUCAGCAUGCUCUUCCUGCCCUUUGCGCUGCGCUACACGCUGCUGCAGGCCUUUGCGCUCGGCGCCAGCCUGGCAAGCACCAGUCUCGGCACCGUGUUCGCCAUGCUCGCCGCCGUCGAUGCGUCGCUCGGCGCGGGUGAGAAGCAGCGCAGUGCCGGCCAGGCGACGUCGGAGGAGCACACGCCAGCGGCGCCACGCCAAGGGCUGCUCGACACGCGCCUCUGCACCAUCCUCGUCGGCGCCGCGCUGCUCGACGACAUUCUCGGCCUCGUGCUUUCCGGCCUCAUCGCCCAGCUCUCGCCGGCACGCACGGGCGCCGAUGCCGCCGCAUGGCCACUCGCGCGGCCGCUCGUGGCGUCGUUUGCCAUGCUGGGCGUCUUUGCGCUGCUGCUGCGCCUCGCGGCUGCGCCCCUCGUGCGCCGGCUAGCGGCCGUCUGCGCACGCCGAGAGGCUGCCCAAGGCGGUGAAGGCGGCACUGCCGCAAGAGCCAGACGCACAGCGCUGCUGCAGCGCCAUGCACAUGGCCUCGCGGCACUGGCAUACCUCGCGCUCAUCGCCGCCAUGCUGGCCAUCUCGCACGCCGUCGGCAGCACGCUCUUGCUCGGCGCCUUUUGCGCCGGCGCUGGAUAUGCGUACUUGCACGGACACUUUGCCUCGGUCUACUCGCAGCAUCCGCUGUCGCCCAGUGCGCCCUCGGUGCGCUUCGUGCAGCGUCUUGGCGAGCCUCUGGCGCUGCUUGAGCCAGUGCAGCGCCGGCUGCUGGUGCCCUUCUUCUUCGCCUCCAUCGGCUUCGCCAUUCCGCUGCGCCAGCUCUUCGCCGCCGCCGUCGUGUGGAAAGGGUGGGCGUACGCCAGUCUCAUGGCGCUCGCCAAGCUGCUGGCCGCCGUCUGGCUCUUCGCCGCCGCGCUGCUCGAGCGCCGCGUUGCGCCUGCCUCUGAGCGUACACACGAUGCCCCGCUCGCUCUCGAGCGCCGUGCGGACAGCGGCAGCAGUGCAGCGCCGGCCGCACCAGAGCGCUUGCGCGAACCGUCGCUGUGGCAAGCCAACUGGCGCGCCGCACUGCUGCUCGGCCUCAGCCUCGUGGCGCGCGGCGAGAUCGGCUUCAUCAUCCUCAACAAUGCGCGAGGUGAGCGGCGCGCAGUGUUGCUGUGCAAUCGAGACUUGGCGGCGCAGGUGCUGACCUGGACUGUGGUCGCCGCAGAUGCAGGCAUCCUCAGUACCGACGGCAGCGACGCGCGCGGCGCAGAGGCAUUCAACGUCGGCGUGUGGGCCAUCGGUGCGUCUUGCAGCGCCACGUCGCACCGGCCCUUGCAACGUCUCACCCUUAUCCCGCCCCGCAGUGCUGAACACGCUGGCCGGCCCGCUGGCCGUCGGCUUCCUCCUCUCGGCGCCGCACGUUGUGCCUGCGCUGCAGAGUGGCCGCUGGGGCUUUGCGCGAUGAGCUGCUGCAUCCGCUCCAUCACGAUUUGCCGCUCCAUCUAGACAUGACCUGCAUUUGCAUUGCUUCCUUCUCUCCACGCACCUGUCACUUCUCCUCCAGCCCAAGCGUCUGCAGCUUCUUGAUGCCCUCGCCCUCGAGGCGACACGUGCGCCACUGCUGCAUCAUGUCGGCGCCGAGAACCUGCGUGUAGAACGCAAUGCUCGGCGCGUUCCACGU